GUGGAAUCGGCAUUGACACCGAAACACAUGUUUACGUCCGUGCGCGCUUGCUAAGUUCGACUACUUUGACUUGAAAUUCCUGGUUUUUUUCUCGCUUAGUUAGCGAUCUGCUGUCGUAGCGCAUUGCAUUCCAUAAACGCGUGACGGCAACAAUCAGUCUUUCGACGCUGAUGUGAAUUGUAGUAGAGUGACCUCUAAUUGUAGUCAUUUUACAACGGACCCGGCGUGCGUCUAGACUCAAACGUGGAGUUAUCGUUUUUGUUGAAAGCGUGAAUCGACGACUCUUCCACAAUGGCCGCAUCGCUUGAAGGAUAUGUCAACCACACAGUAUCAAUUAUUACUGCCGAUGGUCGUCACAUAGUGGGCACACUGAAAGGCUUUGACCAGACCAUUAACCUGAUACUGGACGAAAGCCAUGAACGCGUGUACAGUUCAGACCAUGGUGUUGAGCAGGUGCCCCUGGGACUGUACAUUGUGCGAGGAGAUAAUGUGGUUGUCGUCGGGCAAGUGGACGAUGAGUUGGACAUGCAUCUAGACUUGGCGAACAUGCGCGCUGAACCACUGAAUGCUGUGGUCCACUAGUGGAGUGGUGCGUUGUCUGGACAAGGACCUUAGCAGCCUAACUUGAUUGCUGCUUUAGGGCUGCUUCAUUUUUGAGAAAAUGUUUUUUUUUUAACUCUUUAAUUUGUCGCGUGUGGAGAAUUGAAGCAGGGGCGCAUGCAGCCAUCUGAGAACUAAAGCCAUUCGAGCUUGUCCUGCUGUACUUAAAGGGACUAUGGGCAAACAAAUUAAGUCAAAAUGAUACAUUAGUGCUCUAAAAUGUUUGAAACAACAGUUUUACCAAAGACAAAAUUUUUGUAAGUUAAGCACGAAUGUGUAAAUGUAGGAUGCGAUUGGUCUCACCACUGAAAAUACACUGCCAGCCUCCAGCGAUACAUUGUGUCAUGUUCAUAAUUGGUAAGUGUAGUAGUAACCCCAGAUAAUAAAGAGAGAAUCAUUGAAUUUCAACAUGAAA